UAGGCAUAACCUUCUUUCCUUCCCCCAAAACAAACAAACAUAACUCUCUCUCUGUCUCUGGGUAUUGAAAAUUAUUUAGGGUUUGGUUUGGGCGUCAAAGAAAUAAAAAAUCAAUUCCCUUUAGUAAAUAAUCUCCAUAUCAUAUCAUAUCCGGAUUCAUUGAAAAUUAAUCGCCUCUUAAAUAUCAAUUAGGGUUCACAAAAAUCCAUUUUCAUACUAUGAUUAUAAUCUCUUCACCUCUCGCCUUUCUUAUCUGUGAAAAUCUUCGUGUUUUCGGUCCCGGCCUCAAUCCUUUCUCUCCUUAUUGUGUUGAUCAUUACUCAACUUCUCGCUAAAUCGAUUUUCUUUUCUUUGAAAACUGAACAUGUAAAUCUGUCGUUUGCCCUUUUUCUUGCUGAGCUUUUUUGUUGUUUUUUUUAAUUAAAAAAAGCUAAUUGGAUCUUAUUGAGGACUUGAUUGAAAAAGAACAGGCACACGCUAAUUGUCGGAUUGUGUUUUAUUUUGGUCUCUCUGUGUGCGUGUGCGUAUUUUUGUUGAAAUUAAAAAUUAUGCCACAGGAAGAUUGUGUUGCUGUUUCGUUGAGGCGUAACUUGUCGAGAAGACGGUCGUUUAGGUCAGUUGGGGGUGUUGACAGAGAUGAUAGAGGCUGGACUUCGCUUCAUAUUGGUGCUAGAAAAGGUGAUCUCAAACAGGUGAAACAUUUACUCGAUGAAGGAAUGGAUGUUAAUGUGCCUGCAUGGGGCCCAAAAUCAAAAGGCCUGACCGCGCUCCACCUUGCUGCUCAGGGUGGUCACCUUGAGAUUAUGGAUGAAUUGCUCGCUCGUGGUGCUAAUAUUGAUGCUAGAACCCUGGGUGCCUGUGGUUGGACACCACUUCACCGUGCUGCAAAGGAAAGGAAGAAAGAAGCAGUCAAAUUUCUAAUAGAGAACGGUGCAUUCUUGCCAGAUGAUAUGAAUGAUAGCAGAUUUAACCCGCCACUCCAUUACUGCACCGGUCUUGAAUGGGCAUAUGAGGAGAUGAAGCGUCAUCAGAGAGAGAAUUUGUCAGCAGGCGAAGCAUCCUACAGCUCUGAAAGCUAAUACCUUUAAUCAUCGUCACCUUGCUGCUUUCUGUAUUGCACUAAAAAGUUCAGUGUGUUGUAUUACUGUGCUUACCUGGGAGUCUUGAAUGUUUUUCUGUUAUGAUGUGAAACUUUUCACAUACACAGAAACUACGUUGUGUCUGAUCCAUCCAGACAUGAGUUGUAAUUUCGAAAUUCUCUAUAUUUUUAAUCGAAUGGUGUGAUUAUUGUGUGCGUGCUUA